ACCACACACACAGUGUAUAUAGCGUGUUCAGUCUGUCCACUACUUCCGGCGCUUCCUACUCUGCCACAUGUCAAGCGUCCCUCAGCCGCCCUAACACCAGCACUUCCUGCCCACCCCUUGCCGGUCCUUGCCAGUCCCCAACUUCCCGUUAGUCCACGCGCGUUCACACUCCCGUUAGGUAGUUCGACUCUCUCCGAGGCUCGGGGUCGGUCCACAGAGGUACUGGGGCUCAGCGGCUUUGUAUCCUCCUUCGGAGGCUUCCUCCUGGUUCUCUGGCCGCCAACAACACACGUCUACGGACUUCACCUUCGCGGCCAACGCGACGGACGCCGCCAACGGGACGGACGCCGCCCACUGCAGCGGCUCGACGCCCGCGGGGGCGUCUGGGAGUUGUAGUCCGGACCUGUGAGCUGACGCAGUUCGGGGCCGACCGACGGGCUAGCUAGCGCCAUUGUGUCUUCUCGGGCACGCGUAGUGCUGCGUGAAAGCCCGUCGGGGACAGCGCCCAUCUUCUGUUUUAUUGCUUUACACCCUCUGGAGCCCAGAGCUGGCUUUGCUUGCGGUUCCACUUCUACGGACCCGGAAGGAGCUGUGUAGUCGUGGGUCCGGAUCCUGAGAGAGACAUCGCGCUCUGGAUGUAGGACACGGUUAAGAACACCAAACGCGUCCUGGAUUGGAGGACAUCAGACGAUCUGUCCCCUCGCGUUUCCUCAGCACGCCGCCUACUCCGGCGAGAGAACUUUGAGGACAGUAUGGCCUCCACGCUUCCCACAGUGUGGCCUCAUAGGACAGAGGACAACUUCCCGAAUCGCUUCUCUCCUUCCAAAAUGUGGGUCCUGAAGCUCGAACUCAGGCUUGGAACCUGUGAAGUUUGAAGAUGUAUCACUGACAUUUACCAAAGAAGAGUGGGCACAGCUGGAAUUCCAACAGAAGUGCCUAUACAAGGAAAUCAUGCUGGAGAACUACAAUAACAUGGUUUCAGUGGAACAUCACUUUUCCAAGCCAAAUGUGAUAUCUCAGUUAGAAGAAGUAGAAGACUUCUGGCCAGUGGAGAGAGAAAUUCCUCAAGAUAUCUUUCCAGAAUCUUCUGGGCCUUCUUUGGACCCUGGAAUAAAUUCCUUUCCUGAUGAGAGUCCCUUGAUGAAGCCUUCUCUGGACCCUGGAAUAAAUUCCUUUCCUGAUGAGAAUCCCUUGAUGAAGAUCAACGUUGUUGAGGUCCUUACACUGAACAAGGAUGUGGCCGGUCCCCGGAAUGCCCUGAUUCAAUCCCUCUAUUUGGAAAGUGGAGAAGACCUGAGCCUGGGUAACCUUGAGCCAUCUCAACAACCAAGCAAGCAUUUGACUGACGCUGAAGUCGCUCACCAAAAGUUCCGACAUUUCCAGUAUGAAGAGUCAGAUGAUCCCCAGAAGGCUGUGUCUCAGCUUCGUGAGCUGUGUCACCAGUGGCUGCAGCCCAGUACACAUUCAAAGAAACAUAUCCUGGAGCUACUGGUGCUUGAGCAGUUCCUCAAUGCACUGCCUGAGAAGUUGCGGGUGUGGGUGGAAUCACAGAGCCCAGAGGAUUGCCAAGCAGCAGUGACCCUGGUGGAGAAUGUGACCUCAGUGUCUAAGGAAGAUGCUCAGCUUGCCUGCCAUAAUGAGGCCACUGAUCGACUGAAAGAGAAAAAGAAGGACAUGGCCACCUUACCAGUUACUAUACCACCUGAGGAGCCAGUAACCUUCCAGGAUGUGGCUGUGGACUUCAAUCAGGAGGAAUGGCAGCUACUGGGUCCAGUGCAGAGGACUGAGUAUCAUGAUGUGAUGCUGGAGACCUUGGGCAACUUGGUCUCAGUGGGGUGGGAGCCUACACUGGGAAACAAAGAGUUAAGUCCAAAAUCACCCAGUUCUAUGGUAGAACCAAUUCGUGACCCAAAACCAAAAAACUUCUCAAGUAAUGGUACCCAGUCCACUGUUACUGAAAAUAUCUCACCAAAUGAGGUGCAAGAAAUCCAUACCACAGAAUCAAAUCAAGCGGAGGUUGUAGAGGAAAACGACCUCCCUCAGGAGGAGAUCUCUGAAAGCCCCCAGUCACAGGGGCAAAUUAGGCUUCACACAAGCCAGGACUCACUCGAUGAAGUUCUUCCUAGAAAGCACUUGCAUGUAAAAAGUAACCAGAAGGGCUUUGGAAAGAGGAAAGCCAAGAAAAAACACAUUUCCAUGACACGAGAUUCACCCAUAAGAAAUCAGCAAAAGGGCUCUGUGGUAUGCCAAGUCAGAGAUGGCCGCAAUUCCAUGACACAUAGUUCUUCUGGAAAAAACCCUCAGCAGAGUUAUGAGCAGGGUAAAGUUGGGGACAGCAGAGAUCCCAUUAUACUCAUAGCACCUGCAAAAAUUUACCAGCAAGCCACUGGCUCUGAAGCGGGGGGCAGAGUCAGGGACAGUAGCAAUGCCAUGGAACCUGAUGCAUCUAUAAAAAUUCACCAGGAAAGUGCUGAAUGGGGUAAAAUUGGGAAAAGCAGCAAGUCCAUGACACAAGGUUCAGCUAUACAAAAUCACAAGAUGGUGUCUGGGUUAGGAAGAGCCAGGGACAGGAACAGUUCCUUGGCACGUGCUUCCCCUGUAAAAAUUCUCCAGAAAGACUGUGAAAGGAGUAAAGUCCGAGGAAACAGGAAUUCCUUGAAACAUGUAAGAAUUAACCAGAAGGAUUCUAAUGGUGGAAGAGUCGGGGAAAUGAGUACUUCCAUAAAGCACAGUCCCCAUAUAAAAAUUCACCUGAAGACCUCUGAAAGAGGGAAAGGCAGGGAAACUAACACUUCCAUAAAAUAUGGUCCCCAUGUGAAAACUUACCAGAAGGGUUCUGAAGAGGGGACUACUAGGAGGGCCAACAACUGUAACAAAGCCCUCAGCCAUCAUGCUCAGCAGAUAUUCUUUAUAAAAAUCCAUAAGGGGAGCCAAGUUUGCCGGUGCAGUGAAUGUGGCAAACUAUUCCAGAAUGCGAGGUAUUUUUCUGUCCAUAAAAAGAUCCACACAGGAGAACGGCCUUACAAGUGUAUGGCCUGUGGGAAAGCAUUUGUUCAGAGCUCCUCCCUCACACAGCACUAUAGAAUUCAUAGUGGAGAGAGACCAUUUGAGUGUUCAGAGUGUGGGAGGACCUUCAAUGACCGCUCAGCCAUCUCUCAACACUUGAGAACUCAUACUGGGGCUAAGCCCUACCAUUGUCAACAAUGUGGGAAAGCCUUCCGCCAGAGUUCCCACCUUACCAGGCAUCAGAGAACUCACACUGGGGAGCGCCCAUAUGUGUGCACCAAGUGUGGGAGGGCUUUCACUCAGAGCUCACACCUUAUUGGGCAUCAGAAAACACACGGGAUUAAGUUCAAGAAGAGGCAAUCCAAACUGCAGUCCUAGUGCCUUUCAAACCACUGCCUUUUCAGCCUUGAGAUGCACUCUGCAGACUUUGAGUAAGGAGAGUCCCACACCUGAAGAACAGCUCAGGACACCACCCAGCAGUCCUGAGGGUGUCUGAAACUAUCAGGGAGUUCUUGAUUGCUUCAUUUAGCCAUUAAAGAAAAUACGAAAUCUGAAAAUGCCUAAAUCUAAAAAGCCAGUUACCAAAAACUGCAGUGAUAAUUAUGCACAGGGUAAAGUGUGAGUGACAAAAAACAAAAGAAUGUAUAUAAAUAAAUAUAAUUGUUUUGAAA